AUGGGCCCUGACCCAUUUCGCCGGCGAUGGGAAAGUCCGGAGAAGAACAUCACUCUCUUCCCUCCACUGUUGACGCCGAGGGUCCCCAGCGGAAUGCGGCGGCGGUCUGCGCCUUUUCCGUUGGACUCAGAUGCCUUAUUAGCGCCAUUGCCUGUUACAGGGGUUGUUGUAAAGCCAGUUUCUUUGCUGGAAGACCACGUCUUUCAGCUUUCUGAUGACAUUUUUCAAGAGAUAGGGGUUCCCUCAACCAAAGUACAUCGCUUACUGGUGGUCAUCUUGUCUGUGGAUCACUUACCGCAGUCAAACAUGACAAAAGUGGUAUUUGCAGUUGAUCCUGACGGUAAAUAUUCAGAAAUGUCUGCAGCUGCCAUUAGUUUGAUAAGAGCAUCAUUUAAAUACUUGGUUAUACGCCAAUCGAAUCUCCAGCUCACUACAUCGUUGUUUGGUGUACCCUCUGUUUUUGAGGUGCUGAAAUUUAAGGGAGGGAUCACUAUCAUUCCACAACAAAGUGUGUUUCCUCUGCAAACAGUGCAAACACUAUUCAACUUUACUUUGAAUUUCUCCAUUUACGAAAUACAAUCAAAUUUUGAUGAGCUGACAAGUCAGCUAAAGUCUGGGCUACAUUUGGCUCCUUAUGAGAACUUGUAUGUCAUCUUAUCAAAUUCUGAAGGUUCUACAGUAGCUGCUCCUACCAUAAUUCAAUCAUCUGUCCUACUUGCAGUUGGUAUUGCACCAUCAAAGGAGCGGCUAAAGCAACUGGCACAAACCAUAAUGGGACAUCAUUCAUGGAACCUUGGGUUGAAUAACACUCAGUUUGGUAGGGUUAAGCAGGUUCGACUUUCAUCCAUCUUGCAACACUCCCUUCACGGCAGUGGUGGCAGUGGCUCUGCUUGGUCCCCUUCCCCUGCCCCAUUACCUCAUCCUCACCACCAUCACCAUCAUCACCACCACCAUCACCAUCACCACCAUAGUCACCACCAUAAUGCACAUGUAUUUCCUGAAACUUCACCUACACCUACACCUGCACCUGCACCUACAACUGGGGAAGAUGCUGCUUCACCUGAAUUUGGUUCUCCUGCCCCUACAAGAAGUUUUCCUGCCCCAGGGAGAAGUUCUUAUGCUCAACCUCCGAAAUGUCAAUUUGGGUAUAGAAAGAGAUCUGGCCGGAAUAAUAAAAAACAACUUCAUCUAACACCUGCAGUUGCUCCAACUAAUGCCCCACGCUAUCCUGUUCCCUCACCACGGGUUGGAUCCUCAGCACAUGGUUUUCAUUCUUCGGUUCCUGUUUCGAGUCCCUUACCAAACAUAGUAUUUGCGCACGUUGAGCCCCCUCCUAAGAGUGAACCAUCUGCUGAACGUCCCAGCGCACAUUUUUAUGGGCCAUCACCGUCUUUAUCUUCUGCAGGUUGUGUUGGGACUGUAGAUUGGAUACCUUCAACGUUUUUAGUACUUUUAUUACUAGUAUAA